GACGAGUAUUUAAUGUUGGAAGAGUAGGGAAAAGUGUAGUAUCGCUUAGUGCACAACGGAGUCACGAGUCUGAGGAGACGCACGGAUCGGACGAUCGAACUGAUACGCGGGAUUCGUCAUUACUUUAUCGAAUCCCAUCGACUCCGAGUCGGAAUUGGAAGAUGUGGCGAGCGGCUAUACUGUCGGGGCUACUGGUGGCGAGUUGUCUCGCUGUCCCGCAGAAUCCAGCUGCCGGGGCAAGCGACCCUCGUAUCGACAGUUUGAUCGACAGCGUUUUCAACCCCGUCGUCGACGGAGCCGGCGGCGGCCUCACGACUGCGGCUCCGGAACCGGGAAGUCUUGAAUAUUUGAUUCAGCAAUCUUUGAGGGAAGAACAAAAGAAGAAUCAAGCGAAUCAGAACUCCAAUGACGGUACACAUUUGGGCGUGAACAAUCCGAGUAACGUCGCUAAACCCGAUGACUGCGAAUGCGUGAGGUACUUCCAGUGCCAAUCGAAUGGAACUAUUGUCACCGACGGCGGCGGAAUCAUCGAUAUAAGAGUUUCAGGCCCGUGCGAAAGCUAUUUGGACGUUUGCUGCAAAGCUCCGGACAGACUUCCGGAUAACGAAAAAAUAACGCCUCGCCCGACCCCGCGAACCGGCUGCGGGCGGCGCAAUUCUCAAGGCGUUGGUUUCCGCAUCACUGGUGACAAGGACAACGAAGCGCAAUUCGGCGAGUUCCCAUGGAUGGCCGCCGUUCUGAGGGAAGAAUACAUGGAUCCGAAAAACCCUAAACAACCGCUCAACGUUUAUCACUGCGGUGGUGCACUCAUUCAUCCUCAAGCGAUUCUCACCGCGGCUCAUUAUGUCAAUGGAAAAAAACCUCAUGAACUGAAAGUUCGUGCCGGAGAAUGGGACACUCAGACGAAAAACGAAAUUUAUCCUCACCAGGAUCGGGACGUCUCGAAAAUAAUCGUCCACGAGCAGUUCAACCCGGGAUCGCUGUUCAAUGAUUUUGCCAUUUUAAUUCUCUCGCAACCUUUCAACUUUGCUGAAAACGUCGACGUCGUUUGUCUGCCCGAGCUUCAAGAUCGAUUUGACUUCUCAAACUGUGUCGCCACGGGUUGGGGCAAGGACGUUUUCGGUCAAGCUGGCCACUAUCAAGUGAUCUUGAAAAAAGUCGAACUUCCAAUCGUACCCCAUGACGAUUGCCAGACUGCUCUUAGGCGUACUCGUCUGGGCCAUCAUUUCAAGCUUGAUUCGAGCUUCGUGUGUGCAGGUGGCAAACUUGGACAAGACACGUGCAGGGGUGAUGGUGGCGGUCCUUUGGUGUGCCCUAUCAAGGGUGACCCGACUCGAUACGCCCAAGCAGGAAUCGUAGCAUGGGGUAUUGGAUGCGGUGACGCGAUUCCUGGUGUAUACGCGAACGUUGCCGGUGCACGUAGAUGGAUCGACGAGAAAAUGGCAUUCAACAAUUUAGACACCUUUACAUACACAUACUGAUUGCAGACUGAAUAAAAAAAACGCGGGCAUACAUGAUAACGAAAAUAAUUUUUUUCAAUUGAAAUAUUAAGUUUUUGAUCCUGAUGAAAAGAUUAUGAUAGUUUGAAAAACGAAAAUUAUUGUGUCCCUGUUGCCACGACGGAGCCAUUCUCUUACAACUCAUCUCUGCGAUCAUCUAUUUUAUUUUGAUAUUAAGUCACUUUUAGUAUGAUAGGUCACUUCAAAGAGGAAAUUAUCCUUCAAAAAUCAAUGAGAUUAAAAAUGUGUCUAUUAUUUUUUACAAAAAGAGUAUAUUUUUGCGUUUAACAUUGACGAACCGCUUUAUUGCUCAAGAACAAUUGACUCAUUUUCAGUAUGGACGGAAACCUGUGUUAUCUACGGAAAAAAUAAAGCAUUGGAACGAA